CGCGCAACCUGCGAAUUCCUAACCUAAACUUUGACUCAGGUCCUCAUUUCCUCCUUCACUUUGUAUUCAAAAGGUCGCCUUUCCUGUGCCUAACACUAUCACCGACACCGCUUCCUCCAAGAAACAUACAAGUGCCUUCUUUUGUCACCUUGACCCCCCCGCAAUUGUACUCAGCACAGAGCCCCCCUCUACCGGCCGCGCUCGUAAAGCCCCUCGAACUCUCACAGGGCAUCGCUUCCACGCAGCACUCGACCACACUACGAGCCUAUAAUGACUGCGUGAUAACUCUUGCUAUCCUUCUAUCACCGGCAGCUGCUCCAUUCCCUUGCUAUAUCCGCGUUCAAAGACCACGGUUCUCGUCUCGGCUUCGGUCCCUGUACCACAGUUCCAUUCCUACGGUGGGAAAACGGAUCUAUCGCAACCAUGCCUAACAGAGGUCCCACUCUGAUCAACCUCCCUCCGCCUCCUUCAGAUCCAGCCACGCCCAGCGAAAUGGGUCCGGGCACCCCCAACUCCACCACCACCUCUCUCUCAGCGUUGUCCGUUGUCGCCAUCAAAGACGGCGCAAUGGGUCAUGGCGGCAGAGGAGCCGGCGCAUCUGCGAAUACUCUGGAAGCUGAACGGGCCGAUCGCAUCUCCCGUCUUGCAGGCCUCGAGAGAGUUGCGACUUCUCGACCUACCCCGCUGGGACACCUUGCCCCAGGCGCGGGCGCACUCUACGGUCAAGCCUUUGAUAACGCGCCUCAAUUUAAAGAACGAAGUACGGUUGGGAGUGCCAGCGCAACAGGUAGCGUUGGUGGCCGGACCACCUGGGCGAGUGGCAGUGUCGACUACGAUGCGGACAAGAUGAGUGAGGAUCCAGAUGAUGGGGUCUCGAGCACAGGUGGAUUCAGUGACGAGGACAAGGCGAGUCUGGUCGGAUUUGGCGAAGGGGCAGGUAGCACAGUCAGCGGCCCCGUCUCCACCCCUUACAAUACUCGCGCUUCUAUUUCUCGACAAAGCACCAAUGUCAAUGCUCCUUCGACCCCACGAACCGGAACUUUGCCGAUGUUUGGCUCUGGGCAGAGCACGCCCAUGAGUGGCAUCACUCCGAGUGCUGCUGCUGGAAGCACCGAUCCUAAGAUGAUGGACGGGAUGAGUUACGACCAGAACUUCCUCGACACGACGAUGCAGCCAGCCCCACCGGUCGAUGACACCUCGGCGCAUCCUCAGGCCCAUCGAUUCUCGGGCAUGGGAACUGAAAUGGCAGAGGAAGUCAUGCGAGAUCGACUAAGAGAUCUGGAGCAGGCGCAACAGUCAAUGCAGCCGGGCGAGGGCCAGACAUUGGGCAGAUUCCCCUUCGAGAAGGAAUAAGCUAACGGCGUCGGCGUUGAAAUUUCUCCCUACUGAUGUACGAGUAGGGUCAGAUCAAGGUAGAGAAAUGAGAUCAGGCGGUUCUCUGGGAAAGAUUGUACUUGGUGGGGUAUGAACGAAUGAGUUUUGUGACUGUACGAUAUGAAUAACUUGGGUUUGUAGCGGACGCUCUUGAGACUUGCCCAAUGGUGGGUGGUACGCGGCUUGUUUACCAGGCGUAAAGGGUUUGUUUACCCUCUUUGGGCCGGGCUCGCGCCAGGGACUCGUCCAGAAAGAAUGACACCUAUAUUAUCAGAGUCUAAUAUGGACGUUCGAGUCUGC